GGUGUAAUAAUAAUGAUGUGUGUGUGUGUGUGUGUGUGUGUGUGUGUGUGUGUGUGUGUGUGUGUGUGUGUGUGUGUGUGUGUGUGUGUGUGAGAGAGAGAGAGAGGGAUUACACGGGAGCGCGCAGCACGCCCCCGCGGCAGCCCGUCCAUCAUCCGCGCUGAGAGAGAGAAACAUGACUGCCCGGUCUGUGCGCUCCCUGUCCGGACUUCUGAAGCCCUUGUUCAGCUGCCAUUUCUCCAGGGUUAAUGGUGCAGCUGCGUGCAAUCAGAGACACAAGUCCACUUACACCCCUCCUCCAGCACGGUACGGAGGAAGGCACACAGUGACUCUGAUUCCCGGAGAUGGCAUCGGACCAGAGCUGGCCAACCACGUGCGUGAACUUUUUCGGUUCUGCUGCGUGCCAGUGGACUUUGAAGUUGUCAAUGUGGACUCAUCCAUGGCAUCAGAGGACGACAUCAAUGACGCGAUAAUGGCUAUCAGACGCAAUGGGGUUGCACUGAAAGGUAACAUUGAGACCAACCACUACCUGCCACCGUCCUACAAGUCAAGAAACAACCUGCUCCGCACCUCUCUGGAUCUGUACGCCAACGUGAUGCAUUGUCAGUCUCUGCCCGGGGUGAGGACGCGCCACAGGAACAUCGACAUCAUGAUCAUCAGGGAGAACACGGAGGGAGAGUACAGCAGCCUGGAGCAUGAGAAUGUCCCCGGCGUCGUUGAAUGUCUCAAGAUCAUCACAAAGACUAAAUCUUUACGCAUCGCAGACUACGCCUUCAGGGCGGCCCGGGCUACAGGACGCAGACGAGUCACCGCUGUUCACAAAGCUAACAUCAUGAAGUUGGGUGACGGCCUCUUCCUGGAGUGCUGUCAGGAGGUUGCCAGCGGUUACCCUGAAAUCAGCUUCGACAGCAUGAUCGUGGACAACACUUCGAUGCAGCUGGUUUCCAGACCUCAGCAGUUCGACGUGAUGGUCAUGCCAAACCUGUACGGCAACAUCGUGAGCAACGUGUGCGCCGGGCUGGUCGGCGGGCCGGGUCUGGUGCCUGGAGCCAACUAUGGAGAGGACUACGCCGUGUUUGAGACGGGGACCAGAAACACCGGAAAGAGCAUCGCCAACUGUAACACAGCGAACCCCACGGCCAUGCUGCUGGCUUCCUGUCUGCUGCUGGAUCACCUGAAGCUCCACGCCUACGCCAGCAUGAUCCGCAGAGCCGUCAUCUCCACGGUCACCGAGACACGGCUGCACACCGCUGACCUGGGGGGCCAAGGCUCCACCUCCGACGUGGUUCAGGCCGUCAUGAACGCCGUUCAGAGCACCGGGCCGCAGACUCUCAGCAUGUAGAACACACACACUGACACGGCGGAGGUGUGUGUUAGU